AUGGCAAACUUUUCAGAAAGCCCAAAUACGUAUACCCCUUUCUUUGAUAAUGUUAGCGAUGACGUUUACGCGACCACGACCGACCUCGUUGAUGUCGGUGACGGCGGGACGACGCGUUACAAGUCGAUUAACAAUCUCCAGGGACUGAUCCUCGGAACGAGCCUCGUCAUCCUUAUCAUCUUCACCAAUCUCCUCAGCCUCGGGGCCUUCGCCGUCGAGAAGCGACUUCGCACCUACAACAACUACUUCAUCAUCAACCUCGCCAUCGCCGACCUCAUCGUCGGGAUCAUCCAAAUCGUCGGCGUCAUCCACACGUUCUUGGGUUACUUCCCGGGAGGCGGGGACUUCUGCAAGGUCUACCUCGGCCUGCGGAACGCGAUGUUCUCCGUAUCCGUGGUCGGCGUCGUCGUCAUCUGCAUCGAUCGCCACAAAGCGACCUACGACCCGAUCAACCACUACAUGACUCGAAGCAAGCGCAAGGCUGUUAUCCUCAACGUCCUCACCUGGGUGAUUUCGUUCGGAUUCUGGAUGUCGUUCGCGACGGUCUGGGACUUCGUCGUCGAUGCCAACUCCGGGAAGAGUUGCCUGGCGUCGUUCUCGAGGUACCCCGCUGCCAACAUGUUCCAGACGUGUCUGACCUUCUUCCUACCGCUGGUCGUCAUCUCCGUCCUCUAUCUCCGCAUCUACGUCAAGAUCAAGGAGACCGUUGGGGGUAAGAGUGUCAAUAAGCAUUUCAAGGAGGUCGGUGGCGACGGGCUGUCGAAGUCGACGAGCCAGACGACGGUUUGCAGUGACCUGCCGUCGGGUGGGACGAUGGAGAUGAAGGGAUCGAGUGCUGAUGUGAAGGUCAAUGAGGGGAAUGGUGGCAAAGCUGGAAAGGAUGAUGCCAAUGGUAACCGGACUACGACGGCUAACCGGGAAUCCGCCAACGAGAUGCAGAAGGCGACCCGAACCUUAUCCUACAUCGUUUUCUCCUUCGCCAUCGCUUGGUUUCCCAACUCCAUCAUCUACUUCCUCUACUCCAUCGAGCCCGAGUUGAUCGCCUACAAGAACCUGCCGAGGGAUGCGAAACAGUUCUUCGUCUGGCUUCGGUUCGCAAAUAGUUUUCUGAAUCCGAUCUGCUAUUUGGUAUCGCAGCCGCUCUUUCGGAAGACGGUCGUCAACAUGCUUUGCCGUCCCCGCCGUUAUUGCUAAAAAAAAAAACGCAUUUCCU